CCUUUUCUUCACCUUCAUGCUAAAAGGAUCAAUAAGGAUCAUAAAAAACUUUUUUUAUUUUCCUGUUUGAACGAGUAAAUUUUGACAAAAUGGAAAGCAAAAAAGCCGAUCAAACUAUUGACGAGGGACUUUAUUCUCGACAACUUUAUGUUCUUGGACAUGAUGCAAUGAAGAAAAUGGGCAGUUCCAACGUUCUUAUCGUUGGCUUAAAGGGUCUUGGUAUUGAAAUAGCAAAAAAUGUUGUUCUUGCUGGUGUAAAGAGUGUUACUCUUUAUGAUCCUGAGCCAGUAAAAAUUUCUGACUUGUCUACGCAGUUCUUCUUGAGAGAAGAGGAUGUCAGAAAACCGAGAGAUGCAACAUCUGCGCCACGAUUGGCCGAACUUAAUCAAUAUGUACCGAUAUCUGUAUUGGAAGGCGAAUUAACCAAUGAUAAAAUAAAAAAUUUUCAGGUUAUCGUAUUGACAGAAACGCCUCUUAAAAAACAAUUGGAAAUUAAUGAUUUUACUCAUGCAAAUGGGAUACAUUUUAUAUCAACUGAUGUGCGCGGCCUUUUUGGUGUGGUUUUCAAUGAUUUUGGUGACAAAUUUCAAAUAAUCGAUGCUACCGGUGAAAAUCCGGUAACGGGAAUGGUGGCUGCAGUAUCCAAAGAAGAGGAAGGUAUUGUCACAUGCCUUGAUGAAUCAAGACAUGGAUUAGAAGAUGGAGAUUAUGUAACAUUUACUGAAAUAAAGGGUAUGGAAGAAUUAAAUAAUUGUGAACCUAAGAAAGUAAAAGUGCUUGGUCCCUAUACCUUUAACAUUGGUAAUACAUCAACAUAUGGUGACUAUAUUAGUGGUGGUAUUUUCACCCAAGUUAAGCAACCAAAGACAAUUCAGUUUAAAUCUUUACGAGAAUCUUUAGGGAAACCGGAUCAUCUUAUUUCUGAUUUUGCUAAAUGGGAUCGACCUGGUCAAUUGCAUAUUGGUUUUCAGGCUCUUCAUGCGUUUGUCGAAAAUCAUGGUUCGUUACCUCGUCCGCACAACGAAACUGAUGCAGAAGAAUUGGUUCGAUUUGCUAAAAAUAUUAAUGAUCAAUGCGAGGAAAAGGUUGAGUUUGAUGACGAUAAGCUUCUUAAACAACUUGCAUAUUGUGCAACUGGAGAUUUAUCACCCAUGGUUGCAUUUUUUGGUGGAUUAGUUGCUCAAGAAGUAUUAAAAGCCUGCAGUGGGAAGUUUCACCCAAUACAACAAUUCUUUUAUUUUGAUUCUUUGGAGUCUUUGCCAGAUAAUGACACUUUGAACGAAGAAAAUUGUGCUCCAUGCAAUUCUCGUUACGAUGGUCAAAUAGCAGUAUUUGGCAAAGAUUUUCAACAUAAAAUUGCGAAUUUUAGAGAAUUCUUGGUCGGUGCUGGUGCUAUUGGAUGUGAAAUGCUAAAAAACUGGGCUAUGAUGGGAUUGGGUACUGGUCCGAGAGGUGCUGUGCAUGUUACAGAUAUGGAUACAAUUGAAAAAAGUAACUUAAAUCGACAAUUCUUGUUCCGUUCUCGUGACGUUGGUAAAUUAAAAUCAGAAACCGCAAUUGCUGCCAUAAACAGAAUGAAUCCUGAAACUAAAGGAAAAUAUAUUGCUCACCAAGAUCGUGUUGGCGUAGAAACUGAAAAUGUUUAUAAUGAUGAUUUCUUUGAUCGUUUGGACGGAGUAACCAAUGCAUUAGACAACGUUGAUGCCCGUAAAUACAUGGAUAGACGAUGUGUAUACUUUAGAAAACCUUUAUUAGAGUCCGGAACACUAGGCACAAAGGGUAAUACACAAGUUGUUAUUCCGUACCUUACUGAAUCCUAUUCAUCAUCCCAAGACCCACCCGAAAAAUCUAUUCCAAUUUGUACUCUAAAAAACUUUCCAAAUGCAAUUGAACAUACAAUUCAGUGGGCGCGUGAAUUGUUUGAAGGGUUAUUUAAAACACCUGCUGAAAAUGUCAAUUCCUAUCUAAGCCAAUCUGGCUUUAUUGAAGCUACAGCAAAACAUGGUAGUGGCUCAAAAGAAAUUCUGGAAGGAGUUCAAAAUUAUUUAGUUAGCGAACGUCCAUUAACGUUCGAAGAGUGCGUUACAUGGGCUCGUUUGAAAUUUGAAGAAUAUUUUAAUAAUACUAUCCAACAGCUACUAUUCAAUUUCCCAAAAGAUACAAUUACGUCCACUGGUACGAAGUUUUGGUCUGGUCCAAAGAGAGCACCUGACCCAAUUGUCUUUGAUGCUAACAAUAAUGAACAUCUAGAAUUUAUCGUAACAGCGGCAAAUUUACAUGCAUUCAAUUAUGGUCUCAAAGGUGAAACAAAUCGAGAAUACAUUAAAAAUGUGUUAAGUAAUGUUAUGGUACCUGAAUUUCAUCCAAAAUCUGGUGUAAAAAUUCAAGUGCAAGAAAAUGAAAAUAUUCAGCUAACAACUGAUGAAAAUGAACUACAAGAAAUUAUUUCAAGUUUACCCGACCCAGCAUCAAUUCCUGGAUUCCGAUUGAAUCCAGUAGAAUUCGAAAAAGAUGAUGAUACAAAUUUCCAUAUUGAUUUCAUCACUGCAACCUCUAAUUUAAGAGCCACGAACUAUGGUAUUCAACCAGCGGAUCGUCACAAGACUAAAUUCAUUGCUGGUAAAAUUAUACCGGCUAUUGCUACAACGACAGCAUUAGUAACUGGAUUAGUAUGUUUAGAAUUAUACAAAAUUAUUGGUGGCAAGAAUAAGAUAGAAGAUUAUAAAAAUGGUUUUGUAAAUUUAGCUCUACCAUUCUUUGGAUUUUCAGAGCCUAUUGCUAUGCCUAAAUUCAAGUAUCACGAAACAGAAUGGAGUUUAUGGGAUAGAUUUGAUAUUGAAGGUGAUCUUACACUUCAAGAAUUCUUGGAUUAUUUCAAAAAGAACCACGAACUAGAUGUGACAAUGCUGUCGUGCGGUGCAAGUAUGUUAUAUGCAUUCUUUCUGCAAGGCAAGAAAAGGGAAGAACGUAAAAAUAUGAGGUUAUCAGAAUUAGUGGAAUCGAUCGCUAAGAAACCUAUUCCGCCACAUGUUAAAGCGUUAACUUUAGAAAUGGUUGUAAACGAUCGUAAUGAAGAAGAUGUAGAGGUUCCAUAUGUUAGACUCGUCAUUAGGCAAUAAAACGGGAUAUAAAUAACAUUCGCUUUAAGCACAAAUGAUUUAAUAUACAAAUUACAGAUUUAUCAGAAAGAUAAUUUUUUGUUAAUUAAAUAGUUGAUAGAUUGUUUUAUUAUAUUCAUUAGUAACGUAUCAACGCGUUACAAUAAAAGAAUAUCGAUCAAAGAAAGUAAUUUAUUGAA